UUAAUAAGAAGGUACGACAUGGUUCUGUGGAAAAGACUAGGAGGAGCUAAUGCUAAGUAAUUGUAUUUUAUUUUUUAAUGUGUUACGUUUUCAGAGUAGGGUUUCAUGCGUAAUCUCGCAUUGCUUUUCCAAUUAGACGUUGACAACGUUAAUGUUUCAUUGAUAAAUGUCAACGGCGUCCAAAAUGAAAGGGACAAAACGGAGAAACCUGAGAACUUCGAGGUUAUUAACCCUCCUUAGCUACGAGAGUGAGACGAUUUGUUACUUGGAGACAUGAUCAUGGGGAGUUGAAUGACCAGCCCGCGGCGUGCUAGUUAGCUAUCUAACAUUAAAGUUGUCUAGUUAUUAGUCUGUAAGUCUGGCGGACCACUGCACAUUGCCAGUGGUGUUCCUGGUAUUCUCCGUGCCCGUGACAAAUCAAACGCGGGGUAUUUUGCGCAUGAUACAGUUUGCAUGCAGCUGACACAGAAUGGACGAACGGAGACCACUGAUGCCCAGCCCGUUAUGGGAUUAUCAGUGGGAGAAACGAAUUUCAACAUUCAGCGCGCCACCGAGACAUGACGUGCUGGGGGAAACAAAUGGGGGGAUCUGUCUUUCUCAGCUGAUGCAACAGCUGGAUGAAUUGAAUUUGAGGGGAGAAGAACCCACAUCAAAGUUUAAGGACACUGUAGAGAAAUGUGUAAAUUUGGGACAAAAAUAUUCCAAGAUAUUUCUACCAACACUCAACUCUAAGUGUAAUUUGAGCACUGGAUCGGCCAUCUGCUGCAGCCCUCUGGAGCCCACUUUGCUCCAGGGGCAACUUCAGAGACACCAGCCGGAUCUGAAAUGCUACAAAGCCCUUCGGUCUUGGUCCCAUCAUCCCAAAAGAAAGUACCUCCUCACACCUCGAAACAAUCAAGGAGACAACAGCGGUGUAGCUCAGAGUGAGAUACCCCUGAGAAUAACUCCAGCAGUGGUCACUCACAACCAUGGACUGAGGGACAGAAGAGCAGAGGGACAAGGAACCAGAAACGUGGUUUCGAGCCCUUACUGCUUGGCCCCAAACAGGUUUGAAGGUCCAGGAGCUGAAACGAGUAACAGCUCCUCAACAGGCCAAAGCAGCCACAGCAGUCUCUUUAUGGACUUCCCCUCGGAUGACAGUGACUUGUCGGACCAGGAAAGGACGUCUAUGUCAGACCACGAAAGGACGACCGUCUCAGCCCAAGAUUGGGCAACUCCUGUGGAGCUGGAGCUGGAGCUGAGGCCUGAGCCAUUCGAUAAGGACGAUCCGAAGGAUUACUCGGAAUCAAGAGAGGAUCGAUUGCCCUAUCCUGAGGUUCUCCCGGCACCCUUAAAGAUACUGGACCUCACGCAAAACCUGUUCAACAGAGCAGACUGGGAGAGGAGGCAGAGUUUUAUUAGGCAGGACCCUUCCCUGUUUGUCCUCGCCAACCGCCUGGUGGAGAUGGAGAGGAUGCAGGCGGCCACCGUUCAGAGAGAGAGAGCUAAAGUGGGCUGGUCUCGAUCGGCCACUGCCAUCGGCAUGACAAGGAGCACCGCUCGGAUAAGGAAAGCGGAUUUACUGGGAUCUCAGCCUGAAAGCUUGGUGCCAGGAAUGGAACCGGGGGGCGAGUGCCCCUCGGUUCUGCAUGGAAUAGCAGACCUCACACUUCCUCACACCCCCGUGGCUAGGCGACGUUUGAAAACUGCCUGUGUCCCUUCGAGACAAAGCCACGACACGAGAGGCUCAACUGUCAACUGUCCCACCCUGCCCAAACAGCCCCAUUCGAGCUCAAGCAGGCCGAGCAAGACGAGCUGCCUUUCAUCAGGCCCGUCUGUGCAAGGCUUUUUACUGAACGCGGUACCAUCAUCCUACAAAGUGGAGAGGCUAAGGGGCUCCAAGAAGGUGACAUCAAGGCUAAAGAGAAAGUCAUCUUCCACAAGAAAGAGAAAUGCCAGGCCAGAUAGAAAGCUAUAAUACGGUUCGUAAUUUCAUUUGAUUUCUCAUUGUAUGAGCAGGCAUUACUGUGUACAAGCUUCCAUUUGAUUGGUCUGGGAAAUGAGCAGUCUUUCCCAUAUUUGUUGGCAGAAUCCCAGGGUCACAUGCACCCAAGUUGCAGUGCAACUUGGCAAUGUACAUUUUUGUUUUCAAACAAGCCAAUUUUGGGACCAUAUUGGUGUCCUUUAAAACAGACUUCACUUACUAAAUCACCAGUCCCAGUUCUGCAUUCAUGGAUGUCCACAAUGUAAUUUGGUCCAUAAUAAUGUAAACAUUUUGAAGAUACUUGGCCAAUUCAAUUAUGUAAUUUACUAGAAUUAAAGUCUGACAGUUUACACGGAAACUGCAAUGGAACCAAUAAUUGUUGCCCUACAAGCCUUAGGCUAUAUCAUCUUGAGCUCAAGUAUUCACUCUCUCCCAGCUGAAAAAGUUUCUUUUUCAUACAACUGCUGCAUUAUCUAUCAAGGUUUAGACUUCCGUAGUUUCUUCCAAGUGCAGAUGAUUGACAUUUAAGUCAAGUGUUACUACUGUAUGCAUGAACAAACUUGUUCAUGACUUCGGCAUAAAGACAUCAGGGAGAGGGUAGGUCUGUUCUGAGACAAUUUAACAAUCAAUUUGAAAUUAUAAUUAUAUGUGCAAGUGGAUUAAGUGCAUCUGUUUUGACUUAGCAUUGCAGAAUUGCUUUUUUGGGCCAAUAAAGAGCAACUUAAAUGGUAACUGAAUGAGAAGAGCCAUUGGAGUCAAAACAUUAGCAGCAAAAACUAAAGCACUUUUAAGAAGCGUUUAUUAUGAAGUGGAUACAAUUCUUUUUUCCCCUAAGUUUAUACUUAAAUUGGUUACAUUUAUGCUUGAAAUACUACGUGAAUGCAGCUCAUUUACAAUGUUUAUCAAAUAUGAGGUGCAGUGCAAGAUCAUCAUAAUAAACAAUGAUGCAAUAAGCAUUAGCAAAUGGUUCAAUGGGAUCAGAGCUGCUUCCUUGGGUGUCCAAAUGGCCAAGUCCAAGUUUUCAAGUCAGAAGGGGAACAGGAAAAUGCCAAAUGGCAACUUACCCUGCAAGACAAAAAGCACACACAGAAUCACACUGUUAUUUAGGUAACCAAAAAUCAAACUGGAAAUAUCUGACAAAAAAAAAAAAA